AUGGAUUUGGCAUAUGCCAUGCACACUGGACGAGCACGCAUCAUUCCCACUGAAACCUACUCGAUUGAUGUCCAGCUGCCGACCAACUCUGUCGUCACUCACGACGAAUUGGAGGCGGCCAUGCUGAAAAGGCUCCCAGAUUCGACAAAGACCAUGUGCCGGAUCGAUGUCUAUCCUCAAGAUAUCUCAGAGGUGGUCGUCAAGGAAUAUGAGAUGCCCUUUGCCAAUAAAGGACAUCAAUGCGACGCAUUCAUCAACGGCAACGGGACCAUCGAGGACCGCUUUACUUUGUUGAACAUCCUCCAGCAAGAAAGCUUUUCGUUCAUUGUCGCUUCUACCUCUUAUGCCGCAAUGAAGAACUUGUUUCAACCACUGCCGCCGCCGCUUCGAUAA